AUGGCUUCAAUGUUGAACUAUUUCGGCUUCCACGCCCCUACCCCCAAGGAAGAAGCCAAGGCUUCUCCCGUUCGUGCCUUGCCUGCAUCAUGGUACACCUCACCAGAGAUGUACGAGUUGGAGCGCCGAGCCAUAUUUUCGAAGAGAUGGCUCUUCAUCACCCACAGCAUGCGGGUGAAGAAUACCGGCGACUGGCUCCGUUACGAGAUUGCAGGUUUUGACUUUAUCAUCACCCGUGAUCGACAGGGCAACAUCAACGCAUUCCACAACGUGUGCAGACACCGUGCGUACCCUGUAGUUGAGAAAGAGAAUUCCGGAAAUUCCCAAAUCCUGGCUUGUCGAUACCACGGCUGGUCUUACGGGCUGAAUGGCAAACUUGCUAAAGCUACGAAAUACCAGGAGUUGAGUAACUUUGAUAAGGAGCAGAAUGGUCUUUUCAAAAUCCACCUCAAGGUCGACGUUAAUGGCUUCAUUUGGGUCAAUUUGGAUGCGAAGGAAGUCCCAGAAGUAUCAUGGGAGGACCAUUUCCGGGACGUCGACAAGCAAGAACGAUACAAAGCCUACAACUUUGACGACUACGAUCUUGACCACUCUUAUGCGCUCGAAGGCGACUAUAACUGGAAGAUUCUGGCUGAUAACUUCAAUGAAUGCUACCACUGUCCUACAACACAUGCUGAUAUUCCUGAAUUCCUCAAUCUUGAAUCUUUCGACAGCGAUCUCAAAGACGGACACAUCCAGCAUCAUUGCGAGUCAACGCCAGAGCAAAUCGAGAAGGGCCUUUACACUGCCAGCACCUACUACUUCCCUAUGUCUGCCAUGGUUGUCUCGCCACAUUUUAUCAUGAUCCAGAAAUUCCUCCCCUCAAGCCCCAAGAGCUCAAAGAUGGCCUACGAAGUCUACCGAAACCGCAACUCCUCCGAGACUGACUUCAAGCUUAUCAGCGAUAUGUAUGCGCGCGUCAUGGGAGAGGACAAAGUCCUCUGCAACAACGCACAAAAGAACCUUGACCGAAAUGUCUUUACGAGUGGUGAGCUUCACCCUAAGUACGAGAAGGCGCCACUGUUCUUCCAGAGCACAGUCCGAGAUGUCAUCACGGAGCAUUUUGAGCGUGAGAGAGCCGAAGGGCGGGAGAUCUGGCCGGCGAAACCGAAGGUGUCAUGCAACACAGAAGUCAGUGAGAAAGAUGAGCAGAUCUGCGCUUCUCUCGCGUGUGGAUCCCAGAAAGAGCUUUUAGCUUGGUGA